CCGCGCCGCCGCCAUUUUGUGUCCGAGCCUGUGGAGCGAUUAAACCGUGCGCGGAGCUGCUUCUUUGGCGGCAGCUGCGGCGGCGGUAGCCGGUGCGGGUGCGCGGAGCUGUCCGGGGACGCCGGGUGGCCGGAGCGGUGGAGCGGCGGCGGAGCGGGCGCUGCAGGGGGUGUGGCGCGGAGAAUGGUCACAGAUCUGGAGCCAAAGACCAAGAUGCACUAGUGGACAGGUUGCUGACCAGGGGCUUGAGAGCUGGGUUCUGUGUUCUCUCCUGAAACUGACUUUGCAGCCACGGAGAGGGUACAAAGUGGUAUGAUUCCGGGGUACUUGAAGCCACAAGAUAAGCAUGACCCAUCUUCUUGGAGCUUCAAUUGUGCUCAUUGAGGGGGCGGUGAGUUAAGUAAUUUGACUGAGAAACUGAGUAGAAGCAGAGCCAAGUCCCUGGAGGAAGAGAAGAAAUGGAUCAGAACUGCCAAAGGGGUGACAACAGCUAGAAGAGCACAGUCCUUACGGAGUGGGAAGAGAGACCUGGUCCAGCCUAUUAGGAAGGGGAAAUGGAAGGUGAGGCGGUUGAAGCCAUUGUGGAAGAGUCUGAAACUUUCAUUAAAGGAAAGGAAAGAAAGACUUACCAGCGACGCCGGGAAGGUGGCCAGGAAGAAGAUACUUGCCACCUACCCCAGAACCAGACUGAUGGGGGUGAGGUGGUCCAGGAUGUCAAUAACAGUGUGCAGAUGGUAAUGAUGGAACAGCUGGAUCCUACCCUUCUUCAGAUGAAGACUGAAGUAAUGGAGGGUACAGUUGCUCCAGAAGCAGAGGCUGCUGUGGACGAUACCCAGAUCAUAACCUUACAGGUUGUAAAUAUGGAGGAACAGCCCAUAAACAUAGGAGAGCUUCAGCUUGUCCAAGUACCUGUUCCUGUGACUGUACCUGUUGCUACCACUUCAGUAGAAGAACUUCAGGGGGCUUAUGAGAAUGAAGUGUCUAAAGAGGGUCUUGCAGAAAGCGAACCCAUGAUAUGUCACACCUUACCUUUGCCUGAAGGGUUUCAAGUGGUGAAAGUAGGGGCCAAUGGAGAGGUGGAGACGCUAGAGCAAGGGGAACUUCCACCUCAAGAAGAUCCUAGUUGGCAAAAAGACCCAGAUUAUCAGCCGCCAGCCAAAAAAACAAAGAAAACCAAAAAGAGCAAACUGCGUUAUACAGAGGAGGGCAAAGAUGUGGAUGUGUCUGUCUACGAUUUUGAGGAAGAGCAGCAGGAGGGUCUGCUAUCGGAGGUUAAUGCAGAGAAAGUGGUUGGUAACAUGAAGCCUCCAAAACCAACAAAAAUUAAAAAGAAAGGUGUAAAGAAGACAUUCCAGUGUGAGCUUUGCAGUUACACAUGUCCGCGGCGUUCAAAUUUGGAUCGUCACAUGAAAAGUCACACUGAUGAGAGACCACACAAGUGCCAUCUCUGUGGCAGGGCAUUCAGAACAGUCACCCUCCUGAGGAAUCACCUUAACACACACACAGGUACUCGUCCUCACAAGUGCCCAGACUGUGACAUGGCCUUUGUGACUAGUGGAGAAUUGGUGCGGCAUCGUCGUUAUAAACACACCCAUGAGAAGCCAUUUAAGUGUUCCAUGUGCGAUUACGCCAGUGUAGAAGUCAGCAAAUUAAAACGUCACAUUCGCUCUCAUACUGGAGAGCGUCCAUUCCAAUGCAGCUUGUGCAGUUAUGCCAGCAGGGACACAUACAAGCUGAAGAGGCACAUGAGAACCCAUUCAGGGGAAAAACCUUAUGAAUGUUAUAUUUGUCAUGCUCGGUUUACCCAAAGUGGUACCAUGAAGAUGCACAUUUUACAGAAGCACACAGAAAAUGUGGCCAAAUUUCACUGUCCCCACUGUGACACUGUCAUAGCCCGAAAAAGUGAUUUGGGUGUCCACUUGCGAAAGCAGCAUUCUUAUAUUGAGCAAGGCAAGAAAUGUCGAUACUGCGAUGCUGUGUUUCAUGAGCGCUAUGCCCUCAUCCAGCAUCAGAAGUCACACAAGAACGAGAAGCGCUUUAAGUGUGAUCAGUGUGAUUACGCUUGCAGACAGGAGAGGCACAUGAUCAUGCACAAGCGCACCCACACCGGGGAGAAGCCUUAUGCCUGCAGCCACUGCGACAAGACCUUCCGCCAGAAGCAACUCCUUGACAUGCACUUCAAACGUUAUCAUGACCCCAACUUUGUCCCUGCAGCCUUUGUCUGUUCUAAGUGUGGGAAAACAUUUACACGCCGGAAUACCAUGGCAAGACAUGCUGAUAAUUGUGCUGGUCCAGAUGGCGUAGAAGGGGAAAAUGGAGGGGAAACAAAGAAGAGUAAACGUGGAAGAAAAAGAAAGAUGCGUUCUAAAAAAGAAGACUCCUCUGACAGUGAAAAUGCUGAGCCAGAUCUGGAUGACAAUGAGGAUGAGGAGGAGCCUGCUGUGGAAAUUGAACCCGAGCCAGAGCCUCAACCUGUGACCCCAGCCCCACCACCUGCCAAGAAGCGGAGAGGACGCCCCCCUGGCAGAACCAACCAGCCCAAACAGACCCAGCCAACAGCCAUCAUCCAGGUGGAAGACCAGAAUACAGGUGCAAUUGAGAACAUUAUAGUUGAAGUGAAAAAAGAGCCAGACGCCGAGCCCGUGGAAGGGGAGGAGGAGGAGGCCCAGCCAGCCGCCGCAGACGCCCCCAACGGAGACCUCACGCCUGAGAUGAUCCUCAGCAUGAUGGACCGGUGAUGGCAGGGCGUUGCUCAUCGCCAGGACUGCUCUGGGCUGUGUUUAAACGGCCUGCAUCUUAAUUUUUCUCCCUCUUUCUUCUUUUGGCUUUGGGAAAAGCAUCAUUUUACACCAUUUUACCAAACAUACUGAGAACUAAAACUUCAAGGAUGAUGUUAGAAAAAUGUGAUUUAACUAGAACUUGCUGUUUGAUGUUAGCAAAUCAUGGAAUGUUCUGAGUCCCUGAGGGUUUACUGUGAAGUGCUGAGGACAGUGUUGAUGCCUGACUGGUUUUCUUAGACGGAAACAGAGACAUUGAACCCUCUCUCUUGGCUAUGGUAAACCACUCCAGAAUGGCCACCAGGUUUCCCAGAGUUCUAGGUCUUCUUCCCAGGAGAGUUUUUAAUUGUAAAUGCAGACUUGGGAAGGACUUACACUUUUAAACUGGUUUUUGCUUCUGCUUCUCCCUGACUCCCUUUGCUCGGAGCCAGCUGCACACCAGUAGUACGGCAUGCUGCGAUCGGUUUCUGUCCUGAAGGCUUUGCCUCUUUCUUGGCAGAGUUUCUGGUAUGGUCAAGCUUGUAAAUAACUUUUUUUACAUUUUAAUCUUUUCCAUUAAUUAAGAGGUUGAAAAGAAGUGCAGUGUAAGAAAACCCAGCAUUUUAAUUACUUGCAAAUUAAGUCACCACAGACUCUGUAGUGUGUAAAUGUUGACGAGGAAUUGGAUCACAAUCAUGUAGCAGAACGGCACCCAGACUACUGCCGCUAGUGAUGGACACCCACGUGGAAGAUCGGAUUUCCAGCCCAUGGAGCCAGCAUUUGAACCUUGUACAAUUAACUUUCAGUUAUGAUUUCCCAUCCACAUUUUCUUUGCUCUGUUUGUAGCUGAAUUUUGUGUUUUAUAACUCCUCUGUUCAAGCAGAAGGAUGAUUAUGAGUGGGUCACAGCAGCCCUUAAAAGCUGGGCCAGAAAAUUUCACUAGGUCAGUAAUUUAAACUUUGGAUCUGCAAAAAAAAAAAAAAAAAAGAAAAAAAAAAGUAAUAAUAAUAAUGUGAAACAAAACCAACUAAAAAGUGAUUCUUGCACAUGAACUGUCACAUGUUUAAAAUGUGUUUUUUAGAGAGCCUCAGUCUUGCUGAUUUCAAACACUUUUUUCUUCUGUGUAUUGCUUUUAAAAGAGCCAUCAGUUAGCUAUCAAACUCUAGGUUGAUGCAUUUUGUACUUAGCUGUACUGUGUGAUAUUUUUCAUUAUUUUAGGACACCAACAUGAGACCUGUAAUAAAAUAUGUAAUGGGGUUGAAAGCUGGGGAGGAGGACCUACUGCUGUACAGCUAAUAAAUCAUAACGGAUUAACAAGUGCUCCA